AUGAAGAGACAGAGAGAUAUUGAAGGAUUAAAGAGCAUAGAUUUGGCAAAUUGUCUAAUGAUGCUCUCUCGUCCCCAAGAAAUCAACAAGCUACUGGAAAAAGGUUUUGGGCAUGUGGAAUUUGAGUGCAAGACAUGCAACCGCAAGUUCUCGUCCUUUCAAGCACUCGGUGGCCACAGGGCUAGCCACAAGAGGUUGAAACUAGACGAGGAUGAACUCAAAGCACAUGCUACAUCUCUGAGUUUGGGAAUUAAAAAACCCAAAAUGCACGAGUGCUCCAUUUGUGGGAAGGAAUUCUCUCUGGGACAGGCAUUGGGAGGCCACAUGAGAAGGCACAGAACUAUCUUCAACGAAGAGUUUUCUUCAAUAAAAAAGGUGGUUGCAAAAUUACCAGUUUUGAAAAGAUCAAAUAGCACGAGGGUAAUAACGUGCUUGGACUUGAACUUAACGCCGCUUGAGAAUGACUUGAAGUUAUUGUUUGGAAAGAUGACUCCGAAUGUUGAUGCCUUAGUCUGA